AUGGCGACCGAGAAAAGUUCUCCGAUUUUGUUUCUCAACUUGUUUUCAGCUCCGACUCACGGAGAUACGACACGUCCCUCAAGAAGAUGCUGUACGCACUACGCAGCCUCCUACCUGCGUGGACCUGCCAAGAAAUGGUUCACUCCCCACCUGGACGAGAUCACCGGGAGCUGCGACUUCUCCACCUUCGAGGACCUUAAUCCUUAUGCUGUCAUUGAAGGCUGCCUUCGACGACCCAGAUCCGGAAGCCACCGCAAACUGCGAUCGCUGCGGCAAGGCAAUGACUCCGUUGCUACUUAUUAUUCCAAGUUUAUCUCUUUGGUGUCCAUUCUGGACUGGAACGACAAGGCCAAAAGGUCGCAGUUCCGGACUGGACUUAAGGACGACGUCAAGCGAUUAUUGAUCGGCAGAUCCUCUCCGCACUCUUUCGAGGAUUUCGUUAUGGUUUAA